AUGUCGUUCGCAGUAGAAUUCGUCAAACUUGAAAUAUUUACAGAAGCAUAUUUGAGAGGUCUUGUUAAUGGAGCAAGAGAGGAACCUAUUUCUAAUGAACAAAAGGAAAUUAUGAAUGCGCAACUUCAAUGUGAUUACGAAAAAUGGGUUCAAAAUGGACAAGAUUUGACACCAGUUAUAAUGCAUCACCGAGCAUCAGUAGAUGAAAUCACAAUAACAAUAAAUGAUGUAUUUGAACAAGUAGAAAAACUGGAAUUGUCAAAUACAAAUCCUCAUUUAAUUGGUGUUCAAUUGGAUUUUGCUAUGUGUUGCUUGAGACGAACAAUUGUAAGUGAAUCUGAAGAGUGGGAUAGAAUUCAAGAGAUAGUGGACAGCAUCAAUUCAAAAUAUGUUGAAAUUUGUAACAAAAUUGAUAAUUUAGCGAGCACAUCACGAAAUACAAGAAUAGUAUCAAUGUAUCAAACUCCAUUGAGUGGAUAUUAUACAACAUCAUCAACUGGAUCACAAGUGUAUUAUGUACCUCAGUAUCAUCCACAAAUGUCACCUUAUUUUAUUCCACAAUAUCAAAUUCCGCAGCAGUUUCCAACAAAUUCUAGUCGAGUUCCAGUAAUUCAGAAUAGAAAUUCUGGUCCUGCUACUUCCUCAUCUACUCGAAAUAAUACGAACACAGUGCAAUCAUCAUAUCAAAAUAAUCAAAGUGAUUAUGCUGUUGUUGGACCACACGAAGGAUCUCAUAAUUGGAUGAGCAAAUUAGCGGCGAAGUACCAGCCUGUCAAAAUUAUCAGAAAUAGAGUUGUAAGAAGUAUUAAGAAUGUAGUUCCAGAAUUAAAUGACUUAUUGAGAAUGAGCUAUGAAGAUAGUGAUGAAUAG